AAUGUGUUAUAAAAAGAAAGAGAAGAAGAAAAUAACAAUUCAAUUAAAGGCAGAAAUAAGAUUAAAUUUUCAUUAGCAACAGUUGGCAGUACUGUGUCGCCGGGCGGGUAAACUAUUAAUUAGCUGUUUGUACCACCAGAGGCGCUGAUUUAUUACGUCGACAUCACUGCUGGUUUCCGGUUUGCAUAGUCGUACGUUGCGAUCGAACUUGGUUUUUUUUUUCUAGCGUUCGCCAUAAAUUUCAUUCUACGGGAAACAACGCGUGCUCUGUUAACGAUUUAACGAUAAUUAAAAUACCGUGCGUUACGAUAAGUGAAAAUAGGAUAAUUUGAUAAUUAUCAUAAUUAUAAUUCAUAAGGUACCGGAAGUUAUAUCUUUCUUUCUUCCUCUUUUUAUCUUAUUCUCUCGUUUGACUGCGUGAAUUUCGUAAAUCGUAAAAAUGGCGACCGCUGUCCCGUCGCGAUUUGCCGUUCUUAGUAUCGAAGAUGACGAUUAUAAGCCAAAGAAGUCUCAGAAGAAUACGUCGGCCGGUAAAACGAAUCAAAAGGGUAAAGGUGACAAGUCGAAGCAACAACAGCAGCAGCAGCAGCAGCAGCAGCAACAACAACAACAACAACAACAAGAACAACAACAACAGCAGCAGCAGCAGCAGCAGCAGCCGAAGAAAGAUGACAAGAAAAAGCAAAGCAAGGGAAAAAAGAAAAAGUCAGCUAACGAGGAACAACAAUGGGAGCAGUGGAAGCAAAAAGAUUCUAUGGCUGUCGAGGAAACAUUUGAGCAAGAUCUGCAUCAAGCCAUCUUGUUAUCAAAAUUAGAUUAUGAAGAACGGUUAGUAAAUGCUGCAAAAACUGAGAAGGAACAGGAACAAUGUAAGAAAGGUGGUAAAAGGUCGAAGAAGGCAACCAUGUCAUUGGAGGAAUUCAACAACAUGAAAACAAACACGACGCAAGUUCCGGUUAUAACGUCCGAAUCAGAAGAGAACAAAUCUAAAGAACUAGAUGCAGAAUUCUUCAAAAGGAUUGACAAAGAGGCAAAGAAAGAAAUUACAAAAGGGAAACAAAAAGACAUGUUGAAAGCACGAUUAAACAAAAUAGAUGAUGAUAUUACAUUAGCACAGUUAAGAGUGGAAGUGGAGAAUAGGGAUAAGAUAAUUAGUCAACUCAGACAAGAAGUCGAAACGCUUAAAAAGGCGCUAACGCAGGUUAAAGAAAGAAACACGAAACUUUAUCAAAUCCUUUCACACGGGGAGAUGAAGGACAAGGCAUCGGUAUUAGCAGAGGUAGCGAAAUUACAAGAGAUUCGCGACGAAUUAACAUCGGAAGUAGCAUCUUUACAUGCACAACUAGAACAAGAAAGAUCCAAAACUCGUACGUCCAGUGUAGAUGUUAAAUCGUCCAAACAAAGUAACAAAAAGAGACUGGCUAGCGAGAAUGCCUAAACUAUAGUAUAAUAAUGUCAAGCACUAUGAUCAUGUGGUGUAAAGUUUUUCACUUUGAAAAUAAUUAUUUUAACAGCUUUGAAAAAAAUAACAAACGAUAUGAUCUCGUAAAAAUAUGUUUUGUAUGAAACACUGAGCAAAGUCGAUGAAUGUACUUUUAUUUUUGUAGCUAUGUGAAACCAUUGUCGAUCAAAGAAAAAAAAUAAUUUAACGAAAAUGCUUCUAUGCUUAUAUGUAUAAAACUUUUUUGUAAUUAAUUUUUUACAUUUCUAUAAGAUAUUCAUGAAAGUUAUAAUAUAAUUACUAAGUUUUCUUAUUUCUUAAGUAAAACAUUCACAACCUAAUGUCAGAUAAUUAGGGCUCAUUUCGAGCUGACAGACAAAUUUUUAUAAACGAAACUUUAAGAUUGUUCUUCCAUAAUAAGAUUGAUUGCCUGUAUAAUAGCUUUAUCUUCUAAAUUGUAUACUGAAAUAUACCACAUAUUUAAAAAAGAAAAAGAAAAAAAAAAAACAAAAAAUAUAAAUAUAUUACUUGAAGUAUUUUGUAAUAAAUAUGUUCGAUAAAUAUUUCAUUAUAUUUUUUAAUGGCCUUUGUUUAGAUUUGACGUUAAAUUAAAAAUAAUAUCAAUAUAUUAUUAAAAUUUUACAUUUACGUUCAAUUAUCAAUUACAAAUGACUUGCAAAAGACUAUCUUUUCAAAUAAAGUUCAUUUGAAUUCGCGUAGACAUAUCACAGAUAUUUGAAUUUGUAAGGUGAACUUAAAAAAAAAAAUAUUUCCUAUAUAUAAAAUAAUUAAGAAUAUUACAUUUAGUUUUAUAUAAAUAUUCGAUUAAAUGUGUAGAUGAUUCGAAUACGGAAAUCAUUGUCAAAAGAGAAAGAAAAUAACGCUCUUAAUCCGUUCCAAACGUAAACAAAUAAAAUUGUAAUAAAAUAGCA